CGCCGGAAGUAAGGCUCUGCCGGUGUCGCCCUAGGCGGAAGCAGGCCGCGCGGGAGGUGGAGGAGAAGGAGGCGGCGUGCUGGUGACCCGGAGCCGGCGGUGACCAUGGCGACCCUGCUGCUGGGCGAUCUCUGGGCCGAAGCGCCCCUGGAGAACCGCAUCUUCUGCUCGGUGCUGCUCUUCUCCUGGGCCGUCUACUUGUGGGAGGCGUUUCUCGCUUGGCGGCAGAGGACUGUGUACAGGACAACCACUCAUGUCCCGCUGGAAUUAGGACCAAUCAUGGAUUCAGAAACAUUUGAAAAAGCUCGCCUUUACCAACUGGAUAAAAGUGCUUUCAGCUUUUGGUCAGGGCUGUACUCGGAGAUAGAGGGUACAGUGAUACUUCUGUGUGGAGGAAUUCCUUUUCUUUGGUCAGUAUCUGGAAAGAUUUCUAAUUGGGCUGGUUUUGGACCUGAAUAUGAAAUUGUUCAAUCCCUGGUCUUCUUGCUGCUUGCUACGCUAUUCAGUGCUGUUACGGGUUUUCCUUGGAGCCUCUAUAAUACAUUUGUUAUUGAAGAGAAACAUGGUUUUAAUCAGCAGACACUGGGAUUCUUUUUAAAAGAUGCAGUCAAGAAGUUCAUUGUGACUCAGUGCAUCCUUCUGCCAGUAACAUCACUUUUACUUUACAUCAUUAAAAUUGGCGGCGACUAUUUCUUUAUUUAUGCAUGGCUUUUCACGUUAGUGGUUUCUUUGGUUCUUGUCAUAAUUUAUGCAGACUACAUCGCCCCAUUGUUUGAUAAAUUCAUUCCUCUCCCUGACGGGGAGCUGAAGCAGCAAAUUGAAGCAAUGGCGAAGAACAUAGAUUUCCCUCUGACCAAAGUUUACAUUGUGGAAGGUUCCAAACGGUCUUCCCAUAGCAAUGCCUAUUUCUAUGGUUUCUUCAAGAAUAAGCGUAUUGUGUUGUUUGACACCCUCCUGGAAGAUUAUUCUACCCAUAACAAGGAACACUCGGAUGAGCCAGGAUCUGAGACCCCGGUGGAUGGAAGAAAGGAGGAAGACACAGAAGCAAAGGCUAAAACAAAAAAUAAGAAGCAAGGUUGCAAAAAUGAGGAAGUCCUGGCUGUUUUGGGCCAUGAGCUAGGCCACUGGAAACUUGGCCACACUGUUAAAAAUGUUAUCAUCAGCCAGAUGAACUCUUUCUUAUGUUUCUUCUUGUUUGCCGUGCUGAUUGGUCGGAAAGAGCUGUUUGCUGCCUUUGGGUUCUGUGAUACUCAGCCAACCCUGAUAGGCCUUUUGAUUAUCUUUCAGUUUAUUUUCUCACCUUACAAUGAGGUUCUCUCCUUUUGUUUAACCGUAUUAAGCAGGCGAUUUGAAUUUCAAGCUGAUGCAUUUGCCAAGGAUCUUGGAAAGGCAAAGGACUUGUAUUCUGCACUGAUCAAGCUGAACAAAGAUAAUCUGGGAUUUCCUGUUUCAGACUGGCUGUUUUCAACGUGGCAUUAUUCUCACCCUCCCCUGCUAGAAAGACUUCAAGCACUGAAGGAAUUGAAGCAAGACUGAAUGAAGGAACUGCGAACUCAGGAGUUCCCAUUGCAAAAUCAAGUUCCUAGUUUUUUUAAAAAAACAAACACAUAUACUCAUUCCAUUCCUGAACACACCAUUCUCUGUAGCAACAAGCGCAGUUCACCUGAUUUCAAACUAGCUCCCAGAAAUCUUGUGUCAACUGAAGGAAGUUGAAAUUCAAAAGAGAAAUACCUUGUGGGGACUGAGUCAGGGAGGAAUGUAAUGUAUAACAUUUAUCUUAAUCACAAAAUCAGCUUGAGGGGGAAGUAAUUUAUCACAGCCAGAAGUGUUCAUGCUUGGAUUUGUGAAAGCUUUGAAUGUGACUUUUGUAUCUUUUAAGCACUAUGUUUGGGUGUUCUUAUACAGUUAUCUUCUAGCUUUCCUACCUCAUCUGUGUCAGGUGGGCAGGUAAGGACUUGGACAAAUACCCCCUCUUUUUGACUAUAGAUAUUUAAAUCAGCCUUCCCCAACCUGGUGCCCUUCAGCCAGAAUGGAGAAUCAUGGGAGCUAUGGGGGCAUCAUUUGGGAAAGUUGAUCCAAACACUGUCUGGAUUGAAAGUGUGGGCUUUCUCCCUUAGGUUCAAGUUCAUACCUGCAGUUCAAUGAAAAAAAGAGGCUUUUUACAGAGCUAAUAAAGUCACUUCUUUCCCUGAAAGGGAAUGGAGAAUAAAUUGCAGAUCCCUGACUCAGCGUUCA